AUGGCUUGUCUGCUAGCUGGAAAGUCCGCGAUCAUCACUGGAGGUGUGACCGGAAUUGGUCGUGCCAUCGCAGUCGAAUUUCUCCGGCAAGGUGCAUCCGUUACCGUCAAUCAUUUGGGGGAUGAAGCUUCUCAACGCCAUUUGCAAAGCUUGCAAGACGAAGCCCCCCCAGGCAAACUGCUCGCAGUCGUCGGAGAUAUUGGAAAUAGGGAAGUUGGCACGACGCUCGUGAAGGCUUCUGUCGAUUCUUUCAAGACCCUGGACAUCUUCGUGGCCAAUGCAGGCGUUAGUCAAUUUAGAGACUUCUUGAGGUUAGACGUCGUGCCAAAUCCCAACAGAAUAUCUGGGAGAGCUGACCCUGCUCAGUCUUGAUGAGAAGACGUUCGAAGCCCAUCUCCACACAAACAUUCGAGGCACAUUCUGGUCCACACAAGCGGCUGCCUCGCAAAUGGUCAAGCAAGGGCGAGGAGGUAGCAUCAUAGGCAUUUCUUCCAUUAGUGCUCACCUUGGUGGCGCGCAGCAAGUGCACUACACGCCGACGAAAGCGGCCGUCCUCAGCAUGAUGCAAUCUCAAGCAUGUGCUCUCGGGAAGUAUGGCAUCAGAUGCAAUGCUCUUCUGCCUGGCACGACGAGGACUCAAUUAGCGGCUGAGGAUCUUGCGAAUGAAGAGAAACUCGAAUACUUGGAACGACGAACGCCACUUGGCCGUGUGGGCAACCCAGACGAUCUUGCAGGGCCAGCCGUGUUCCUAGCGAGUGAUAUGAGCAAGUACGUCUCCGGUGCGCAAGUCACUGUUGAUGGUGGGCUCUCUAUCUCCCUGCAAUGA